AUGGCUAUCGUGCCUGUAGCGGAGCCGGCCGCUUCGGAUAAUCAGGGUUCUUGGUGGGCAGGGCUCCACGAAGAGUGGGAGAACACCCCGCUCUUGAGGGAACGCAUGCGCAAGGGAUUGCAUCUGCUGAUUCCGCAUCCUCUUUGCAAGGAUGAUAGUAAGCCAUCGCCUGAUUUUGUGGAACGUUCGGUGCACAAUUGCCGGCAAAACAAAGAUGUGUUGAUUCCGGCGAUGAAGCGCUGGGCGGCCCACGGCCCAGAGACUGUGCCACAGGUAGACUGCCUUUAUCAUGAGGUGGAAAAGCUCUUCCAGACUUGUUACCGGGAAGACUUGACCCCUGGCGACACACACAUGGAUGCCUGGACGCUGCGAAAACUCAUGACAUUGGUCAAGUCCUUGCUAUCAAAGAACAACCCACCCAGAGAUGCGAUAAUGGCCGAGAUUUUCCUUGCCUUUGGCUAUGAAAUAACGGUCCGAGAGCAUCUCGAACCAUCCGAAGAGCCCGAGGUGCUGGAGCCGGCGCCCGUGGACCUCAUGGAUGUGCAGGAGGAGCAUUCUGAGUCAGAGGAUGAACGGGAAGAGGAUGCUUUGAUGGAUGCUGGGGAUAUUGGGGGGGAUGGGCUCCCUCUUGAUACCCUCCCUUUGGGCGAGGCCUCCAAGAUUGCUUCUGAGCGGCGGGAAGGCCGCCCCGUUGCCACGCCGCAGAUGCGGUCCUGCAAUCCACCCCAGGUUGAAGUUCCCCCUGCUCCGGUCGCGACUCAGUCCUACGAGCAUCUGGGAUCUUUGUCUUCGCUGUGCGAUGCUUUUGAUGGCAAUUUACAUAUCGGCGAGACUGAUGCCCCAGAGGAGUCUUUGGAUGGCGAGUGCAUUGCUAUUUCAGAUGAAGAGGAAGCCCCUCCGAUCAACCCGGAAAAGGAUGUACUUCUACGUCGAUUGCAUGAACUACAGAAAUGCCAUGAAGCUGCCCUUCGACUUCGUGCAACUCCCCCGACGGAUACCUUGCCUUCUGUUCCUGCUCCCCCAUUAAGCUUGACAGGUUCUGCGAUGGACGCCGCUGAAACCCAGAUCCAACUUGAAGAGCCUCUGGAGCUCUCUGAGGAAAAAGUGUCGGGGCUUCUUGAGCCCACUGAGGACGAGCCUGCGGAGGCUCCAGAGCCCAUCGAGGAAAAGCCAUCGGAGGAGCCUCCAGAGCCCAUCGAGGAGAAGCCAUCGGAGGAGCCGGUCGAGGAUGCGCUCCUGUCAGGUCUUCCCGAUCUUGGUGUUUGGGAUGGUGUGUCACGGAGGGACCAGCACUCGAUGGUGGCAGCUCGGAAAGAGGCCAGGGCAGCCAAGAGGAGCAAGAAGAACGAGGGCGAUGCAGGCGAAACCAAAGUAAAAUCGAUUCUCAAGAAGGGGAAGAGCCUUCGGCGCAUCAAGGGUAUUAAGAAGCGACUUGGGAAGGCUAAGCUAUCCAAGCGGGCCAAGGCGGCCAAGGGAACGACCUUGGCUUCUGAGCCG